AUGGCCCGAUAUAUGAUAUUUGAUCGUCAUUCUUCCUUGCAACUUCACAACGCUUCUGCAGCAUCGUCUCCUUGCUCAUUAAAUCAGAUACAAUCGUUCACGUCCGCCUCGCAAAUUUUCAAUAUGACAGCCACACGACAGGGGACUGAACUCUGGGCAGUUACGCAGCAAGUUGUGUCAUAUCCGAUCUUUAUACUUGACCGUGUCCUCGAGAUCCGUGUCAACAACGUACACGCGGCGCCAUAUCUCGUCCAGCAGAAAAUUUUGGAAAGCGUCUCGCCAGUCUUCGCACAGAUGUGCAACAAUCACGACUGGAUCGAAGGUGCUACCGGAAGACUGACCUUCAUGGAAGACGACGAAGAAGUUUGGCAGGCUUUUCUGUACUGGCUCGUCAAGCAUGAAAUCGAUUUCGUAAUACUUUUCAAAGCCUCUGCUGCAUCCAUGGCCAUCAAGAGCGCAUGCUUUGCAGACAAGUACAAUAUCGAUGAGUUCUUCGACCAAGCGAUGAGCUGUCUCAUCGAUCUAAAGUUUGCAGUAUCCAUCGAAAGCCUGCGGGCCGCUUUCGAGGCGACUACAGCCGAUUGCCCACUUCGUGAGCUCCUGGCCGAAAAGGCAGUGUAUGCUGUACAUGCCAAGACGAUCAAGCUUGACAAGUUGGCAAAUCUGGACGGCACUGGCUUUCUACCUCUAUACCUCAAAUUCUACAACACGGUGUGCCCAAUCAAGAACAUCUCGGCGACCACGAUAGCGGACAAUCGUAACAAGAUAAUCAAGCGAAGCUUUCGAGGCGCCAGAAAAUCUAUGGUAAAGGCUACUUGAUUGGGAAUGGAAUCGUUCGAAUGACAUCAAACUUGGUUGGAGCAUACGAAGGGCGUGACAGGGCAUGAAGGUUUGGAGGAUCAAGGUUGAUUAUUGUGUCGAGGCAUUUAUAGCAGGAUCGGUCAUGAUUAUCGAGUGGACAGUAGCAGAGGCCUGCAUGGUACAAACUGUCAAGUGUCAGCGGAAGACAGAAUGCUCCUGUAGCUAAGUGCCGCAUGUGCCUGCUUUGAGCUGUGGUGCUAUCUCUAGUACAUAAAGUUCGAGCAACUUGCUCGCGCCUCCUUCAUCGUUACGAUCGCUUUCCGAUUCAAAGCUUCGGAUUCGGGCACAUUGUUAAAUGUUGGUGGCAAUGGUGCAUAGCGUGGACAGGCAAGGGGUACAUAAAUAGGGUCUGUCCACCCUCCGAGAUAAAAAGGGAAUCAAGAAUCUUCUUCCUUCUUCCUCACAUUUCAACA